AUGGCCCAGGAUGCACUGAAAUGGCAUUUCCCCUCUGUAUCUGCUGUGCAAGAUUGGCUGAGUAGCAACACUUGGCUCCACAACCGCCUCUCUGACCAUCGUGCUUUCUUUGUUUUCUCUUUUUUGUUGCUGUCUCCUGCAGGCAAGGCCUAUGCCCCGGAGUUCUACUAUGACACUUACAACCCACUGUGGCAGAACCGGCCCCGUGUGUACUCCUACAGCCUGCAAUGGACCCAGAUGAACCCCAACGCCGUGGACCGCAUCCUCGCCUACCGCCUGGGGAUUAGGCAGGCUGGACAGCAGCGUUGGUGGGAACAAGAAAUUACAGUGAAUGGAAAUAUUCAAAAGGGAGAAUUAAUUACCUACAAUCUAACUGAGCUGAUCAAGCCAGAGGCGUACGAAGUCCGUCUGACACCCAUCACCAGAUUUGGAGAAGGGGACUCCACUAUUCGGGUCAUUAAGUAUAGUGCUCCAGUAAAUCCACACCUACGAGAGUUCCACUGUGGGUUUGAGGAUGGUAACAUUUGCCUUUUCACUCAAGACGAUACGGACAACUUUGACUGGACAAAGCAAAGCACUGCCACUAGAGACACAAAAUACACUCCCAACACAGGGCCGAACGCAGACCGGACUGGCUCCAAGGAAGGUUUCUACAUGUACAUUGAGACGUCACGCCCCAGGCUGGAAGGGGAGAAGGCCCGGCUCGUCAGUCCUGUUUUCAGCGUUGCUCCAAAAAAUCCCUAUGGAGCUACGAACACAGCCUACUGUUUUAGCUUCUACUAUCACAUGUAUGGACAGCACAUAGGAAGCUUGAAUGUUUACCUGCGACUGAAAGGCCAGACCGCGAUAGAGAACCCCUUGUGGUCUUCAAGUGGAAAUAAGGGCCAGCACUGGAACCAAGCCCGUGUCAAUAUCAACCCCCCGACUUCAUUCCAGCUUAUAUUUGAAGGGAUCCGGGGCCCAGGCAUUGAAGGAGACAUUGCUAUUGAUGAUGUAUCAAUUGUGGAAGGAGAGUGUAUGAAAUCUGACCAGCCGGCCAACAAUUUACGAUCAGGUGCUGUUGGGACAUUAGCGCAUAUACGACUUAUCCCAGUUACCAUCCUCAUGUUUGUCUUAAGUCAUCAGAGGUGACCUUAUCCUGGCAGAGGCUACAAAAGAUUCACCAGGCACUGGCAUGAAGAAAGAGUCUUUGUAAAAUGGACAUUUAAAAACAAACUACCAAAGAUUCCUCCACUGACUGACUCAAAAGUUAAAUAAAUACGUAAAUAAAUUAAAAAAAAAAAAAAAAAAAA